CUUCACAGUUCGCCACUCGCCAGUAACGACUCACGAGAGCUCGCGCGAUCACGUCUUUUGUAAUCAGUGGUUCUCUAUAGCUCGUUUGCGUCUCGACGGCUUUGUUGUGUGUGCUGUGUUUACGGAUAGUGCAAACAUUGCGAAGGUGUGACUUUAUUAGCAAGUAAGCGGAGGGAACUAAAGAGCCUGGGCUGGCGAGUGGGCGCAGCCUCUCGGGAGCAACGACCGCGCGUUCGGGGCGCAGCGGCGGGGCAGGAGGCGGCAUGGAGUGUGGCGUAGCGGGGGCCUUUCCGGCCCGGACCCCACAUGGGGCUCAUCCAGCACCACGAGGACACGCCCCGCAUGGGGCGCUCUCACCCACCGAACGCUCGCCCGCUAAGGCGGGCCUACAUGUUAAUUUCAGUGAUAAAGGCGAGGUGAAGGAGCGUCGUGAGAAGUUUCUUACGGCGAAAUAUGGCAGUCACCAGAUGGCUCUGAUCCGCAAACGGCUCGCCGUCGAAAUGUGGCUGUACGACGAGCUGCAGAAGUUGUAUGAGGCACCUGCGCCGAGUGAGAGCGGCGCAGUAACACAAGAAGUCGAUGUAGAUAUUGAUGAGUUACUGGAUAUGGACAGUGACGAACAACGUUGGAGACAUCUCACGGUGCUGUUGGCCGAUGCGAAAAAACCUCAGAAAGAUGUACAUAGAUUUAUAAACGAUCUUUUAGAAAAAGCAAAGACGUUGUAAAUAUCGAGAAACCCAGUAAUGCCAGGCGAUCCUCAGCUGUAUACGGCCAACAACUUGGAUAGCAAAGGAGCUAUCUGUAAGGUUUUAUAGUUGGACUGAUUCAUCAUUACUUUGAAUUCUCAUGAAUUGUACUAGCGUUUUAUAUCUAUGCGUGAUGGUGUAUUUCAAUAUACAUAUAUAAUGUUAAAUCAGACUUGCAUUAAAGCCUUGAGGUUGCACAUACUACCUCGGGCGACGGGUCGCUGUAAUUAUAAGUAAGCUCAAUAUAUUCCAUGUCACGUGUCGUGCAGUGCUUCCAGGCUCAGUCAUUUUAAAAAUAUUUUAACAGUCCUAUAAUACAAAACCAAAACAAAUUGAGUUUAUUUAAAAGAUUACUUAAAAAUCUACUAAAUUGUAUUCUUGUAUAUUUUCAAUCUAGCAGCAGCAUUUGUUGUUCUGGAAGUACUGUGUGGGAGCAUACCUAGUGCCUUUAUGGCGCGGUAGUGUGAGAAAACGAAAUUACUGCUCACACGGGUGCAUUACUCGAUUCUUAGCUAAAUUUAGUUGUACUCAUUAGAAUUAAAUAUUGAGGAUGUUAUAUUAAAACAGUUCCGACUCCCGUUACGUUUUGAUAUAAUUUGCACCCUUCUAAACAAAUAUACAAUGAAAACAUAUCAGCAAAAUUAAAGAGUCAAAGGUACGCUAUAGAAGAUAUUGGACAUGUUUUAAUCACUUUGAAUUUUAUUAAAGUUAUUAUUUAAUAUUUAAAUAAUAUUUUAUGGAUGGUACUAGACGUGAUAGCAAUAGCUAUAAUAAAAACUGUCAACUUACUGAUUUUAAUUCUCAGUCGGUAAAAUUUUUUUUCGUUCUAACCCCAUUAGAAUGUUUUAAAUACUUAAUUUAAUAACGUUUGUCUAUAUUCAGCAUAUAUGUUUGCUCAUAAAGUUACAGACGGAUUAUAUAAGACAUUUGACAUCUACCUUAUAUCAUUGUAAACAUACAUUUUAUAAGCUUAUUUUAUUAAUUAUCAAUAUAACAUAAAUUAUAUAGUAGACAAGUAGUUCUACAUAGGCCUGCUGGUACUUAUUUUGGACAUCACGUUCCUAAGAUUAUGUAUGAAUUGCAUGCCUCUAGAUGGCGCUUGAGUAACUAACAUUGUACCCACCACACGUCCAAUGAUUGUCCUUGAAGUUAAAUUCUGCGUUUUAAGCCAUAACUUAACAGGGCUCAAUCCAGUGUUUUUCGUGACUUGCUUGUUCGCAUUUUGUAUAACCUAAUUUAUUUUGCAAGCGCUGAGCGCAAUAAGUACGUAAUUUAUUGCUUUAAUAAUCAAGUAUAUUGAGUUGGUUAUUGCAAAAAUGACAACAAAUUAAUGUGCUUAGUUUGUAUUGGUGGACUUUAGAUUUACUUAAACUAAUUAUUGUGGCCACAGUUCAAGUGUAGCGUAGUAUGGUGGUAAAGUAGGUAAGAGCUCAAGCAGAUGGACUGCAGUAAAAAAACUGUAUGAAGUGGUAACAGCCUCGCUUAUAACCGUCAGUACAAAUACAGUAACUAUUUCGAAAACAAUUAAAAAGUUGGUGAACCAAAUCGGCAGUCGAAUAAGUUUUUUCAAGCAGUCCGUGUGGUGAGAGCGCUUAGGUAGUAGGUAUAUGAUUAAUUUUAGGUAGUAAUAAGUGUCAAGUGAUGAUACAUUUUGUAAUAAAUCAGUUGAUACAAAAUA